GCGGGCGGCUACGCGACCCUGCCUAGGAGCAGCCGAGCAAGCGGCGCCGCGGCCCUCGCCCGCGGCACUGAGUGCCUGGCCCGGACCUCCGGACCACAGUCCAUACCAAUAAAGAGCGCAUAGCAACCCUGGCGCUGUAGCCCUGUCUGAGGCAUCGGGGCGUAGAGCUGGGGUGGGGGAAACUUAGGGCCUGAGCGAGACGGGGGAGAACAGGCGUAUUGAAGGCAGAGCCACAGCCAUGGCCUGGAGACAAGGCUGUUUUUGCCUCCUCCCUUCUUGUGACCCAAGAGUCAGAACCCCUAUUCCGGGCUGGCGGUGGUGGGGGCGGGGGCACCCUGCCACAGUGGAGGGAGGCUGCUCCUCUCCCCUCCAGCUCCAGGCCCGGGUCGGAUCCUGACGGCUCUGCAGGCCCAGUGGAAGAGAGCUUGGGCAAACCCAGGCUUGGCCACGCUAGGAGGAGGGGCCUGCUUCCAGCAGAGGCCAGGCAGCUCCAAGAGUCUCCAGCACUCAGAGGUCCUUCUUAAGCUGAGGGAAGGUCCCAGGCAAAAAGCCACCACCUUGGGGAAAGAACUGUGAAGGUCUCAUGGUCAGCAUAGUUUGAGCCUUAGACUCACGUUCUGCCUGUGAAAGCACCCAGGAGGAGAGGCUGGGGUCCCUGGUCCUCUGACCCCUCCCUCCUAACCCACUCUGCUUGGUAACCCCCAAGGCACCUCAGUCACUUGUCUCCCAAAUCACCCUGUCCCAUCCUCUUCCCCACAUUGCAACCAAAGGCUUCUUCCAAACCACUGAUCUGUAGGGCAGUUCACGCUCCCGCUCAUAAGCUCACACUGGUUCUCCGCUGCCCACAGGGAAACACCCAAACUUAUUACUGGGAUGUACAGGUCCAGACCCCCAGCCUCGGUCUUCGCCUCUAGGGCUUCUUAGUGACUUCCACCCUCACCCCUGCUCUGGCCAUAUUGCCACUUGUGGUCUUCAAUUCGAGGUUCACCUCCCUAAUUCACCCACAAGAGGCCCUGCACACUUUCUGUGGGCGGAACCCAGCUGCUUCUCUCUCUCCUGGGUCCCAAACCCAGCUCCAGACCCUACUCCCUCCAGCCCUGCCAAACCUGCAGCCUGCAUUCCACUGGAGACCAACAUCAGAAUGCCCCCUUUGGGGGCAGAUGCAGCAGGAGUGAAGGUCCCAGUUCACUAAAACCACAGGCACAGCUUCUGCUGAAGAUACACUUUUGUCAGUGUCAACAUGACAUCACCUGCAUCAGGCUGGAGGCUGUACUACCCAUAGCAUCUCCCCUGCUGCUUUGUGAGAACUGACCCUUUCCUACCAUCCACAUGGUUACAAUCAGGGCAACCACGUUCCUCAAUGUGGCCACACCUCCUGGCAUAAGCAAUUGGCCCAAGCUGGUCCUAUCAGCCCCUUCCCUGGGUCUGUAAUUUAGGAGCUGUAGGAGACUAUGUUUUCUACAGGAACGUGCACAGGCUGAAGCCAGUCUUGAGAAGAAUGUAAACAGAACGCAGAGCCAGUGCACAUCUUGGGUCCCCCACAGGCCGGCAGUCAGGCCCUGAUUCCAGUCUUUUCCUAAAACCUGAUUUCACCCUUGCCUUGAUAUCCAGUAAGACAUACAAGAUCCUUGUGAUAAAAGUCCGUAUUUUAGCUUAAGCUCACCGGAAUGGGUCUUCAACUUGCAACCAGAAUGAUCCUAAAGAGAAUAAAGAGACUCUGCAGAGACAAGACGUGGACUAUUUCCUGUGUGUGAGGACGACCGCCUUUCGGAGGAAGUAACUGAGCCCAGAGAGAGAUUAAGACUUGCUCAGUGCACAGCGAGUCAGCCUCAGAACUGAGUCACAAACUCAGGUCCACGUUUGUAAGCCCCUGAAGGUAGGAUCCCUUUGUGGGCUACCUGGGCCCUUGAAGGCUAAGCACACAGAGAUCUUCAGGGGGGCUGGAGAUCCAUGAUUAAGAGCUUUCUCUUCAGCGUUGAGAGGGAAGGGGCCGCACAUUUGGCCAGCGCACAUCAGAUAAUCCGAAGUGGUUUGGGGAAGGAAUCAAAUUGGUUGGACUGAGCGGCUGAGGCCAGACCCCUGGAUGUCAAAAUCACUGCCCUUGACCCUGUCCCAGGAGAGAGGAUGGGUCUGGGGCGUUUUCAUCAGGGUAGAGGCUGCGAAAGCACAGCAGGUGCUGAGAACUGAGGUCACAAUGAGUCCAAGUUCUUUUCCUUCCUUCUCUGACCACCCCCUCCCAACUCCACGACCAGGAGCUACAAUACUUCUGUCAAGCUCAGUUGAGAAGUGCCAGGAGACCGCCAGGGUCUCAAGGGCUGGGCUGGACUCCUGGGUCCCCAAGGGGGAUAUAUGUCCGGAAAACAUUGCCACAAGGCCCCUUCAUUCUCAGAGCUGCUCCUGGAGACUUCUCAAUCUCUUAAAGCGGCCCUCUCAUCAUCCACCUCAGCAAGGGAUUAGGGGGCGGAGCCGCACCGCCCAGGCGAGUCCUCGGAGAGGGGGUGGGGCCUUGAGCCCGAGGAGGACCAAGAGGGACUGAGCCAGAGCCCAGUUAGGGCGGAGACUGACACUUGAACCAAAGGUCGGGCCUCAGGCCCAGGGUCGGAGCCAAGAGCUGAAAAGAGACCUCCACUCCGGCCAGAAGAGUGGGACUUCAGGACCAGAAGGCGGGGACGAAGGCCCAUGAGGCAGAGCCAAGAGCUGAAAGGCGGGCCUCCAUCAAGUCCAGCUGAGGCGGGGUUCUCACGCCGGGGGCGGAGCUUUGGGCUGAAGGGCGUGGCCGGCCCGAAGGUGGCGUCGCUGUCCGGGAGCCACCGGGUCCGCCGGCUGUCCUCGCUGGGCCGCGUCGCGGUGGUGGUGGACCAGGGCUCGGGCUUCACCAAGGCGGGCUUCGCGGGCGAGGAGCAGCCGCGCCUGGUACUGAAGAGCUCCAGCCUAGUACCCAGCUGGGACCGGCCCGUGCUGCCCGGGGCGCCCGGCUGCGAGCUGGCGGGCGGCGUGGCGCGGGCGCACCCCAUCAAGCACGGCGUGGUGGUGGACUGGGAGGCGCUGGAGGGGCUGUGGGAACGCCUGCUGGUGGGCGGCCUGCGGGUGUGCCCAGAGCAGUGGCCGGUGCUGGUGAGCGACUCGCCGUCGGCUCCGCCCGCGGGCCGCGAGAGGGUGGCCGAGCUGCUGUUCGAGGCCCUGGCAGUGCCCGCGUGCCACAUGGCCAGCACCGCGUUGCUGGCUCUCUGCUCUGUCGGCGCGUUCAGCGGGCUGGCCUUGGAGGCGGGCGCGGGCGUGUGCCACGCCACACCCAUCUAUGCGGGCCACUCGUGGCACGAGGCCACCUUCCGGCUGGACGUGGCAGGCAGUACACUGUCGCGCUACCUGCAGGACCUGCUGGUGGCAGCCUGCCCCGAUCAACGACUGCAUGCCCUGCCCCGCAAGGUCAUCACACAGCUCAAGAAGCACUGCUGCUAUGUGUCACUGGACUUCGAGGGUGACCUCCGUAACCCUGCCCGCCACCAUCCUGCCAGUUUCUACUUAGGCAAUGGGUGCUCUGUCUGCCUCAGCAGCGAGCGCUUCCGCUGCCCGGAACCCAUCUUCCAGCCGGGUCUGCUAGGCCAGGCUGAGCCAGGACUGCCCACCCUGGCUUUCCGGGCACUGCAGAGGAUGCCCGCAACACUACGGACACGGCUGGCCAACACCGUGGUGGUGGCCGGUGGCUCCACGCUUUUCCCUGGCUUCACUGAGCGCCUGGAGAUGGAGCUGGAAGCCCAGUGCCGGCGGCAUGGUUAUGGGGCACUGCAGCCUCGCCUGGUGGCCAAGCCCGGGCGUGGCACAGCAGUGUGGACAGGCGGCUCCAUGGUGGCCUCACUGCGUUCCUUCCAAUGCCACUGGAUGACCCGGGCCAUGUACCAGGAAUGUGGCUCCAGGCUGGUGCACGAAGUGUUCAACUGACUCAUGUUGGACUGGAGGGGGUGGUGCCACGAUGAGGGUGUGCAGAGGCAGACACCUGGCAGGCUGAGCUGCAGCUCGAUCAGAGGCAUUGAGUGCCAGAUAAAAGGCUCAGUGAUUGAUUGGAGCUGGCAGAGUCGUGUGGUGUGGCAGAGUCGUGUCCCAGACCCCCACCCCCCAUUUACAAGCUGGAAUUCCCCAAGAGGGUCACUCUCUACCCCUUUCUGGGCCAGGAGGAGGUGGUCAGGACCCCUGGGGCCCUUACUUUGACCUGCAGUUUGAAUCCCCACUAACCAGUGCCAGUUCAGAGAAUGCCAGUCUAGGGGCCCACCCCCAGGGCCGUUUCCAUGGCAACAAGGAAGGCGAUGCCCCCACUUGUGUCCAGGCCACAGAUAUGGAAGUCAUCAUAACAUACCAACCCCUCAUCAUAUACCAUUUGGAUUCCCAUCCCAUGCCAGGCCCCAAGGGGUGACCCUUUGAAAAACUACUAAAUCCCAUGUGAAAGCAACCAGAAGGGGAAGCCCUGUCCUCAGCUGAUCAUCAACUUGCUGAGAGCCUCAAAGUGAGGUCAGGCACAAUCCCAGGCCUGCUCACUGUUCCCUCCUCACCCGCUUAGGUGGAGACAUUUCUUAAAAAGAACACAAAGGGAGGGGUGCCUUUCGAUGUUUUUAAAAUACCAUCCAAGG